AUGUAUAAGUUUAUUAAGAACGUUAUGUGUCAAGGUUCGGAAGGUUAUCUGCCUACACUUAAUUCAGACGAUGAUCUACAUACGCUUUACUUCUUAUCGAUAAAAAUAUUCGAACACAAAUUAUUCGUAGUGAUGAAUUCUGUUUUUCUAGCGGUGUACGCAACAGCAUUGCUGGCUAAUACGUACUUUUUCUUUAAAGAAUUCAAUACGGAAUUUUUCAAUCAGUACAUUUCGGUGUAUAUGGGUGUAGUGGCGUUUAUCAUAAUAUUUUUUCAUGAUUAUUGUCAUUUGUACGUCUUCGAGGCACUUUAUCUGCUCAGUUAUCCAAUAACUGGCUAUAUGUUCGUACGAUUAGCGUACGCUCUUCUGUAUUUUGUUUCACAUCUGAAAUUUGAAGUUUACAAGAUACUUGAUAUUAUGGAACACGUUUCUGUUGAAUAUGAUUACCAAAGUGAUAAUGAACUACUUGAAUGCGAUGAAUAUCAAAAGAUCGUAAAAGCAAGACUUCUGUUGGUGAUUACCAAACUGACCCAAUUGGCAAGAAUUGCUGAUCUAGCGUCUAUGAUAACUGCACAGUUACUACCACCAUUUACUAUAUCAGCAGUACUGAUGGGACUCAGCAUCAUGAAUCUCUUCUUCAUACGAAAUAUUCUCGGUUACUGGAGUUAUUUGCAAGUUUUCCUGUGGUCUAUUGGUUCAGCGUCGACUCUUAUAAUGUACGCACAUUGUGGUCAAGAAUUUGAGAACAACACAGAGAAGGUGUUCGAUGCCAUAUAUAAUACUCGCUGGACUUCAUUUAACAAAAGUAAUAGAAAAACUAUUUUGACUACAAUGAUCAUUUUUCAAGAACCAAAGAGUCUUAGAUUUACUGAUGCUCUGUCUUGCAAUUAUGAACUCGGGGUCCGGAUUUCAAAGGCUAUCUAUUCUUUUGCUGCUAUCAUGGCUAGGCUUAGCAAUUCGCAGGAAAUUCGAUAA